AUGCAAAGAUAAGAGAAUUGUAAAGGGUUUUCGAUGAUAAAAAGAAAUAACAAGAAGAUUUAUAGAAGAAGAUUAAAGACAUAAAAGUUGACUGAAGGUUUGAGUGAUGAAAAGGAGAGAUGGGCAAAAGAUAUUGAAAGUCUUACUAAUAGUGGUGGCUUAAUACCUGGUAAUUCUAUUAUAGCUGCAGGAAUGGUUGCUUACUCUGGACCAUUUAUAUCAUAAUAUCGUAUCAGAAUGGAAUAAGAUUGGAGAGCUAAAUUAAAGGAAUAUAACAUUCCAUUUUCUGAUUUAAUUACAAUGAGGAAAUUCUUAGGUGAUGAAGUUAAAAUUCAAUCAUGGAAUAUUUGUGGAUUACCAAAGGAUGACACUUCAAUUGAAAAUGGUAUCAUAAUAGACAAGAGUAGAAGAUGGACUUUGAUGAUUGAUCCAUAAUCUUAAGCUAAUAAAUAUAUUAAAACUAUGGGUAAAGACUUACCAGAAGGAUUGGAUGUCUUGAAAUAAUCAGAUUAAAAUUUGAUGAGAACCUUGGAGUUGGCUAUUCAAUUUGGUAAAUGGGUUUUAGUAGAAAAUGUUGGAUUAUCGUUAGAUCCCUCUUUGGAACCUAUUCUAUUAUAAUAAAUCAGUAAGACUGGAACAUCUGCUACAAUACAAAUUGGAGAUAAGAAUCUACAAUAUAAUUUUAGUUUCAGAUUCUUCAUGACAACCACUCUUCCAAAUCCUCAUUAUUCUCCUGAAACUUCAGUUAAAGUAACCAUUAUUAAUUUUGCAAUUACUCCACUAGGAUUAGAAGAACAGAUGUUGGCAUAGAUAGUGGCAUUGGAGAAUCCUAAUUUAGAAAAUAAAAAGACUGAAAUAGUUAGAAAGAAUGCAUAAGAUAAGAAAGAAUUAGUUAACAUAGAAGAUAGUAUUUUAAGAAGUUUGUCUGAAACCAAGGGAGACAUUUCAGAAAUAUUGAUGGAUGAGACUCUCAUCAAUAAAUUAUAAAAUUCAAAGAAGUUUGCUGCUGAAAUUAAUCAAAGAGUUAAGGAUUCCAAAAUAACCGAAGCCCAAAUAGAUGAAGCUAGAGAAUCAUAUAGAUCAGUUGCAUUCAGAGCUUCAUUACUUUUCUUCUGUAUUAUAGAUUUAUCCACAAUUGAUCCUAUGUAUUAAUACUCUUUAUAAUGGUUCAUCAACUUGUUCACUUUAGGUGUUUAGAAUGCACCUGCAUCAUAGGUUUUGGAAGAGAGAUUGGUUCAUCUCAAUAACUUCUUUACUUACAUGUUAUAUGAAAAUGUUUGUAGAUCAUUAUUUGAAAAACACAAACUUCUAUUUUCAUUUAUGUUGACAUAUAAAAUACUGAGUGCUGCUCAUAAAAUGAAUGAAGGAGAAUGGAGAUACUUAUUAUAAGGUGCUACAGGAGAUGUUCAAUUACCACCAAAUCCAACUGAAUGGAUUAGUGAGAAUACAUGGCCAGAGACUUAUAGAAACAUCUAUGGCAUGUCUGAAUUGAUCAAUUUUGAUGGCAUUCUAUCUGAUUUCAUGAGUAAUUCUGAUAAAUUUAAAACUAUUUUUGAUGCUCCCAAUCCUCAAGAUAUUGAAUUCCCAGAACCUUGGAAUGAGAAAUUAGAUUCAUUUUCAAGAAUAUUGUUAUUAAAAGCAAUUCGAAGUGAUAAAGUGAUUCCAGCAAUUCAAAAAUGGAUUAUAGAGAAGAUGGAUGAGAAAUUCAUCAUCCCACCUACAUUUGAUUUGAGUAAAUGCUACAAAGAUUCCACUCCUAAUACUCCACUCAUAUUUGUAUUAUCUCCUGGUUCUGAUCCUAUUGCAGAUCUAAUGAAAUUUGCAGAGGAAAUGAGUAUGACUAAGAGAAUUGAUUCUAUUUCUUUGGGUUAAGGAUAAGGUCCAAAGGCUGAAAAAUUAGUUAAAGAUGCUUUAGGCAGAGGUGGAUGGGCAUUGUUAAUGAAUUGUCAUUUAGCAACAUCUUGGAUGAAUGAUCUUGAAAAGCUUAAUGAAGAAAUGUAAGAUUAAGGCACAAAAGAUUUUAGAUUAUGGUUAACAUCUAUGCCUUCAAAAUCAUUCCCAACAAUUGUAUUAUAGAAUGGUGUUAAAAUGACACUUGAACCACCAAAAGGUCUUAGAAAUAAUAUGCUCAGAACUUACACCUAAUUAGAUGAUAAAACAUUAAGUGAUUGUAAGAAACCUGAGGAAUUCAAGAAAUUAUUAUUUGGCUUCUCUUUAUUCCAUGCAAUCAUUUAGGAAAGGAGAAAAUUCGGAGCCAUUGGAUGGAACAUUCCUUAUGAAUUCACGAAUGAAGAUCUCACUGUAUGUAGAAGACAAUUAAAAAGUUUAUUAGAUGAUUAUGUACUCAUACCAUUCAAAGUUAUCAAUUAUCUUGGAGCAGAAAUUAAUUAUGGUGGUAGAGUUACUGAUGAUAAGGAUGUUAGAUUAAUUAAAACCAUUCUGAAAUUGUACAUUUCCCAAGAAGCAUUAAAAGAAGGCUAUCAAUUUUUAGUUCCUACUUAUUACCAACCUAAUGUAGGUGAAAGAUUGAAUUAUAUAGAGUAUAUUGAAAAAUUACCAUUGAAUCCUGAACCUGAAGCAUUUGGAUUACAUAGCAAUGCUGAAAUAACCAAUGCUUAAAACGAAACUAGAAUUCUCUUAGAAACUUUAUAAUCUAUUCAACCAAGGACACAAUAAGGAGCAGGGAAAUGCAGAGAAGAUGUUAUUGAAGAAUUAGCCAAUUUCGUUGAAUCUAAGACUCCUGAUCUAUUUGAUAUCGAUGAGAUUUCAAACAGAUAUCCUACUGAUUAUCAAGAAUCCAUGAAUACUGUUCUAGUUCAAGAACUUAUACGUUAUAAUAGGUUGCUUGCCAUUAUGAAAACUACACUCUCUAAUGUUAAAAAAGCGCUUAAAGGGCUAAUUGUGAUGUCAGAGGAAAUGGAGAAAUUGUCAAACAGUCUUUAUGAUAAUUAAGUGCCUCAAUUAUGGGCAGAGAAAGGAUUUCUAAGUUUGAAACCCUUGGCUUCCUGGACUCAAGAUUUACUAGAUAGAAUCGCCUUUCUUAAACAUUGGGUAGAUAAAGGAACACCUAAGGUUUUCUGGAUUUCUGGUUUCUUCUUCCCUUAGGCUUUCAUUACUGGUAUGGUACAAAACUACGCCAGAAAACAUGUCAUUGCCAUUGAUAAAUUAUAAUAUGAGUAUAUAGUGUUGGAUACCCUUACUCACACAGGUGUAACUGAGAAACCAGAAGAUGGAGUCUAUAUUUAUGGAAUCUUUCUUGAGGGAACUAAAUGGGAUUUCAAGAGGCAUUUGAUAGCAUAACCUAAAGUUAAGGAAUUAUAUUCAGAUUUACCUUUAAUGCACUUGCUACCGUAUGAUCCAUCACAGGUUGAAGUGCAACCCAAAGAUCCGAAGGAAAAGAAGAUUUACAAAUACCAGUGUCCAUUGUAUAAAGUGGUUUCAAGGGCUGGUACACUCUCAACAACAGGACAUUCUACUAAUUUUGUUAUGCCACUUGAAUUGCCAUCGAGAGAUGAUGAAGAUGUGUGGAUUAGAGCAGGUGCAGCGGCCUUCUUAUCAUUAAGAUAUUGA